AUGAAUUCAUUACCCUCAGAUGCUUUCAACAUGAGACUCACAGAAGAUGAACAUCAUCUUCACCUUGAAGAUACUCAUCAAAUAGAGAGAUCACAGUGGAUGCUAAACACUCCAAAUCCACCUCCUCUAUGGAAAAAACUAAUCACUCCACUCAAGAAUAAUAACAACCUCUUUUCUUCAUCCAAAAAGAGAACUUGCCAUGAAAAUGCUUUUUCCUUCUUUAGUAGUUUGUUCCCAAUCCUUAACUUGUUCAAAAACUAUGAUGCUUUCAAGUUUAAAGAUGAUUUUCUAGCAGGUUUGACUCUAGCUAGUCUUAGCAUACCUCAGAGUAUAGGAUAUGCUAAUUUAGCAAAACUUGACCCUCAAUAUGGAUUAUAUACAAGUGUUGUUCCUCCUCUUAUUUAUGCUGUGAUGGGAAGUUCAAGAGAAAUUGCAAUAGGACCUGUAGCUGUAGUUUCACUGCUAUUAUCUUCUUUAUGUCACAAAGUGGUUGAUCCAGAUUUAAAUCAUGAUGCUUAUAGGAAUUUUGUCUUCACUGUAACAUUUUUUUCUGGAAUCUUUCAAGUUGCAUUUGGAGUUUUCAGGUUGGGAUUUCUUGUGGAUUUUCUUUCACAUGCUGCACUUGUAGGAUUCAUGGCUGGUGCAGCCAUCAUGAUUGGUCUUCAACAGCUUAAGGGAUUGCUUGGGAUUAGCAACUUUACUAAUAAAUCUGAUGUUGUUUCUGUUUUGGAAUCGGUUUAUAAAUCACUCCGUCACCAAAUUCCAUCCGGAGAAUGGUACCCUCUGAAUUUUGUGAUUGGAUGUUCAUUUCUGAUUUUCCUAUUGUUUGCAAGAUUUAUGGGCAAAAGAAACAACAAGCUAUUUUGGUUACCAGCUAUUGCUCCUCUAGUAUCAGUUAUAUUAUCAACUUUUAUUGUGUAUAUUUUCAAAGCUGAUAAAAAUGGGGUUAAUAUAGUAAAACAUGUGAAAAAAGGGCUUAAUCCAAGUUCAGUUCAUCAAUUACAACUCAGUGGUGAACAUGUUGGAGAAGCAGCAAAAAUUGGAUUGAUUUCUGCUGUUAUUGCUCUCACUGAAGCAAUGGCUGUUGGUAGAUCUUUUGCUUCAAUUAAAGGGUACCAACUUGAUGGGAACAAAGAAAUGUUGGCAAUGGGUUGUGGGAACAUUGCAGGAUCGUUCACUUCAUGCUAUGUUGCAACUGGUUCAUUUUCAAGAACCGCAGUAAAUUUCAGUGCAAGAUGUCAAUCAUCAAUAUCAAAUAUUGUGAUGGCAGUGACAGUGAUUCUGUGUUUAGAGUUAUUUACAAGGCUGUUAUAUUACACACCUAUGGCUAUACUUGCUUCCAUAAUUCUGUCUGCACUUCCAGGAUUAAUUGACAUAAGAGAAGCUUGUUAUAUAUGGAAGGUUGACAAAGUUGAUUUCCUUGCUUGCAUUGGUGCUUUCUUAGGUGUCUUGUUUGUAUCGGUUGAAACUGGUCUUAUUGUCGCUGUGUCAAUUUCAUUUGCCAAGAUAGUAAUACAAUCAAUUCGACCUGGAAUAGAAGUUCUAGGUAGAAUUCCAACAACAGAAGCAUUUUGUGAUGUUAGUCAAUAUCCCAUGGCUACAAGUACUCCAGGCAUUUUGGUCAUUCGUAUAAGCUCUGGCUCACUAUGCUUUGCAAAUGCCAAUGUUGUUAGAGAAAGGAUACUCAAGUGGGUCACAGAAGAAGAUGGGCUUAAAGAAACUCAAACUACUAAGCGAAGAGUCCAAGCAGUAAUAUUGGAGAUGACCAAUUUGAUGAAUGUUGAUACUUCUGGAAUUAUAGUACUAGAGGAACUGCACAAGAGGUUGCUCUCAAGAGGCAUAAAAUUUUGUAUGGUGAAUCCAAGGUGGCUAGUAAUUCAUAAGCUUAAAGUGGCACACUUUGUGGAUAAAAUUGGGAAAGAAUGGGUUUUUCUUACCGUUGCUGAAGCUGUGGAUGCAUGCUUAUCUUAUAAAUUCGCUGACCCAUGA